AUGUGGUGGCUUCUGAGCCAGCUGUGCACCUGUCUUGACAGGGGCAAGGAGGCAAGCCUCCCAAGCCUCCCGGACGACGACUGCGGAGGAGGCGUCGACUGCGGCUACGCAGUGGCCAAGAACGAGCGCUCCAAAAUGGAGGACGCAGUUGAUGUGAGGGAUGACAUUGCAGGCUACAAACUCUUCGCAGUAUACGACGGACAUGCAGGGAGCCAAGCCGUGAUCUUGGUCAAGGAGAUCCUCCCGGAAAUUCUGGGACGGUACCUCCAAGAAGCUGAGGAUGUGGAGGGUGCCAUCAAGGCUGCGUUUAAAGCGGCAGACGAGGAGGUCAUCCAGAGAAUGAUGCAGAACCCGAUGCCCCACCUGCAGACAUCUUCCGGAACAGUAGCCUGCCUCGGCUUGCUCAAGGGAGCGGACAUGUGGAUCGCCAACCUCGGCGAUUGCCGGGCCGUUUUGUCCAAAGAUGGCACGGCCCAGGCCAUUUCCUGCGACCACGCUCCUGACAAGAAUGCCGCGGAAGCAGACCGUUUGCGGCAGUCGGGGGUCCACGUCCAGGGAGGGUACGUUGAAGAGCACGUGGCUGUUUCGAGAGCCAUGGGAAAUGUGCGCUACAGCACUGGCACAAAGGUGAAUGGGAUCCUCAAUGAACCCGAGGUAUUUCGGGUGGACAUCGAUGGCACCAUCGACUUUGUGAUGAUUGGCUCCGACGGGAUCUGGGAUCCGCUGAAGGAGCAGUUUGCGGUGAUCCAUGCACGGAAGGCACUGCGCACCACGGCGAAGCCGGAGGAUGCUGCAGUGUCGGUCCUGCAAAAUGCAGGCAAAGCAAGCAAGGCGGACAACGCCGCCGUGAUCGUUAUCGUAUUCAAGUACCCGGAGCCGAUCCAGAAGCGCACGGCGGUGCAAAGAGUUCCCCUGUCGCAGUUGCAAGAGCCAACUGCUUGA